CUUCCUUCGCUUCCUGUUGGUAAAGCUGCUCCAGUGCAACACCGGCCGGCGUCCAGCUAGUUUAGCAGUCCUCGACUUGUCCUCGAAAUGUCCCACUCAGCACCGUCCGACAAACCUUCAAACCCCGAAAAUCCACGCGUCUUCUUCGACGUAGACGUGGGUGGGGUGAAAGCCGGACGGAUUGUUCUGGAGCUGUUCGCUGAUGUCACCCCCAAGACUGCUGAAAACUUCCGGGCGCUGUGCACCGGAGAGAAGGGCACUGGCCAAUCGACUGGGAAGCCGCUGCAUUUCAAAGGAUGCCCGUUCCACAGAAUCAUCAAGAAGUUCAUGAUCCAAGGAGGGGACUUCUCUAACCACAAUGGCACAGGAGGUGAGAGCAUCUAUGGGGAGAAGUUCGAGGAUGAAAACUUCCACUACAAGCACGACAAACCAGGUUUGCUGAGCAUGGCCAACGCUGGGCCAAACACCAACGGCUCGCAGUUCUUCAUCACCACCGUCCCUACGCCGCACCUGGACGGAAAGCACGUGGUCUUCGGACAAGUGCUGAAAGGGAUGGGAGUUGUGAAAAUGCUGGAGAACAUUGACACUAAGGAGGAUGCCCCCGUAAAGCCCUGCAUCGUAGCCGACUGCGGCGAGCACAAGGACGGGGACAGCUGGGGCGCAGCGUCGAGCGAUGGGACGGGAGAUGCCCAUCCAGACUUCCCCGAGGACUCUGACAUCGACUUUAAAGAUGUUGAAAAAGUCCUGUCUGUGGCUGAGGAUGUGAAGAAUAUUGGAAACAGCCUUUUUAAGAAUCAAGACUGGAAUGGUGCCGUCAACAAAUAUAGCAAAGCCCUCAGGUACUUGGAGGUGAGUGGGGAGGUGCUGGAGGAGGAGGCGCAGAAGAAGCUGGAGCCCGCAGCCCUCAGCUGCUUCCUCAACACUGCAGCCUGCAAACUGAAGAUGCAGCUGUGGCAGGACGCUCUGGACAGCUGCAACGAGGCUCUGGAGCUGAACCAAGAAAACACCAAGGCACUUUUCCGCAGGGCCCAGGCCUGGCAGGGGUUAAAGGAAUACAGCAAAGCCAUGAUUGAUCUGAAGAAAGCUCAGGGAAUAGCUCCAGAAGACAAAGCUAUAAGCAAUGACAUGAAGAGAGUCCACCUUAAAAUUCAAGAGGAGAAGGAGAAAGAAAAGAAAAUCUAUGCUAAAAUGUUUGCAUGAACCUAAAUGAUAACUCACUGCUUCAUGAUCAAUAUCCUCAAGUGUGGGAGCUGCACUUGAUGAGAUAAGGAGUCUGUAACCAGGUGGAAAUGUGUUGUAUUUUGAUUUGGACAGGCCCCUUAGUAUUUUAAAGGGGAACAUUACUCACUGUUUGCUUAAGGAGUAACUGUUGUAAGUUUUGACCUGUUUGCAUUCUAACAAGCGUCCACUCACUGUAAUUCGCUGAGUGCCAGACUGAUGCAUGGCUGAUUGACUGAUCUGAAAUGUGGCUUUCUAAAAAGUUAAGCAGAGUUGUUUAUGUUGCAUCAUUUCACAGAAUGGAUUUUGAUACAGUAUUCUCAACCUCAGAACAUCCAUUGUUUCUAUUUAUGUUUUUUUACAGCAGUCAAUAAAGCCAAUCGGAACCA